AUGCAGCCUUCCACUGCGGACAAUGAAGAUUUCUUAUGCGGGAAAAAUAGCCCGGAAAUACGUGCUCAUUCCCCAAUAACAUUUCGGUCAAAAAAAUAUCAACCGGUGUUAUCUAUCUAUCUAUCUAUCUAUCUAUCUAUUUCUCUUCCUAUCUGUCUGUAUGUUUUUCUAUCUAUUUGCAAGUCUGUUCAUAUCUAUCUAUCUAUCUAUCUAUCUAUCUAUCUAUCUAUCUAUCUAUCUAUCACUUUCAUGUCUAUUGAUAUCACGUUAUUCAUGUUCAUUGAUAUCACUCAGUCCAUGUUCAUUGAUAUCACUCUGUUCAUUUCCAUUGAUAUCACUCUAUUCAUGUCCAUUGAUAACACUCAGUUCAUGGUCAUUAAUUUCAGUCUGUUCAUGUCCAUUGAUAUCAGUCUAUUCCUAUAUAUUGUUAUCACUCUAUUCAUGUCCAUUGAUAUCACGUUAUUCAUGUCCAUUGAUAUCAUUCAGUUCAUGGUCAUUAAUAUGAGUCUGUUCAUUUCCAUUGAUAUCACGUUAUUCAUGUCCAUUGAUAUCACUCAGUUCAUGGUCAUUGAUAUCAGUCUGUUCAUUUCCAUUGAUAUCACUCUAUUCAUGUCCAUUGAUAUCACUCAGUUCAUGUCUAUUGAUAUCACUGUAUUCCUGUCUAUUGAUAUCACACUAUUCAUGUCCAUUGAUAUCACUCAGUUCAUUUCAUGUCCAUUGAUAUCAGUCUAUUCAUGUCUAUUGAUAUCACUCAGUUCAUGUCCAUUGAUAUAA